UUAAUCAGCACGCCCCUCGGGUAAUAUAUAUACAGCCGGUGUCGUAGAGGAUCUUGGACUACCUUUCACUCGUUCUCCACAACCACACCUACCGAUAGCAAGCAGAUAGAGACGGAGAGAAGAUGACCAAGGACGUGGAGAUGGCAGCGCGGAACGGCAACGGCAACGGCGCCUUCGCCGGCGAAAACUUCGCGUAUGAGCUGCCUGGCGGCGACGCCGACUUCGACGACGACGGCAAGCCGAGGCGAACCGGGACGGUAUGGACAGCGAGCGCGCACAUCAUCACGGCGGUCAUCGGCUCCGGCGUGCUCUCCCUGGCCUGGGCGACGGCGCAGCUCGGCUGGGUCGUCGGGCCGGUCACUCUGAUGCUCUUCGCGGCAAUCACCUACUACACCUCCGGCCUUCUCGCCGAUUGCUACCGCACCGGCGACCCGGUCACCGGGAAGAGGAACUACACCUACAUGGACGCCGUCGCAUCCUACCUAAGUGGCUGGCAGGUCUGGGCCUGUGGUGUGUUUCAGUAUGUCAACUUGGUCGGAACUGCAAUUGGGUACACAAUCACAGCAUCCAUCAGCGCCGCGGCUAUAAACAAGGCCAACUGCUACCACAAGAACGGGCGCGCGGCGGACUGCGGCGUGUACGACUCCAUGUACAUGGUUGUGUUCGGGGUGGUCCAGAUCUUCUUCUCCCAGGUCCCAAACUUCCAUGACCUCUGGUGGCUCUCCAUUCUCGCCGCGAUCAUGUCUUUCACCUACGCCUCCAUCGCCGUCGGCCUCUCCUUGGCCCAAACCAUAUCUGGUCCUACCGGCAAGACUACCCUGACUGGCACUGAAGUUGGAGUGGACGUCGAUUCAGCCCAGAAGAUCUGGCUCGCGUUCCAGGCGCUCGGCGACAUCGCGUUCGCCUACUCCUACUCCAUGAUCCUUAUAGAAAUCCAGGACACGGUGAAGUCUCCACCGGCGGAGAACAAGACGAUGAAGAAGGCGACCCUGCUGGGCGUGUCGACGACGACGGCGUUCUACAUGCUGUGCGGCUGCCUGGGCUACGCGGCGUUCGGCAACGGAGCCAAGGGGAACAUCCUCACCGGGUUCGGCUUCUACGAGCCCUACUGGCUCAUCGACUUCGCCAACGUCUGCAUCGUGGUGCACCUGGUGGGCGCCUACCAGGUCUUCUGCCAGCCCAUCUUCGCCGCCGUCGAGACCUACGCCGCGGCCCGCUGGCCCAACGCCGGGUUCAUCGUCCGCGAGCACCGGGUCUCGGCGGCGGGCAAUAACAAGCGGUUCGGCUUCAGCCUCAACUUCUUCAGGCUGACCUGGAGGACGGCGUUCGUGGUGGUGAGCACGGUGCUGGCCAUCCUGAUGCCUUUCUUCAACGACAUCCUGGGCUUCCUGGGCGCCAUCGGGUUCUGGCCGCUCACCGUCUACUUCCCCGUGGAGAUGUACAUCCGGCAGCGGCGGAUACACAAGUACACCACCAGGUGGGUGGCGCUCCAGACGCUGAGCUUCCUCUGCUUCCUCGUGUCGCUCGCGGCUGCCGUCGCGUCGAUCGAAGGGGUCACCGAGUCGCUCAAGAACUAUGUCCCGUUCAAGACCAAGUCGUGAUCGAUGCAUUGGGGUUCUUGCAUGUUGUGAAAAUAAUGCAUGUGUGUGCUGAGAGAUCAUCGUCGGUCAGAGGGUUUUUAUCCGGAGUUACCUCCGGUUGAAAUCCCUCAAAAAACGGAGGGGAAAGUGAUAGAGUUUGAGAGCAUCCUAUCCCUACAGAUGUUGGUCCCGACUUCCUGUACAGAAACUUUCAGUUCAGAUAAGAAUUGAAAAUGUUUUCCUUGACAAGCUUCCUUUCGUGUUUAGCUUAAUGUAUAGGCCAGUGUCCCUUCAAUCAGACAUAACCAGAAUUUAGCCCCAUGGUUUGUGGAACGUAUUUUGGAACUUGUCUAUAGCUCUCGUUGAGGCUUUCUGCUGAA